UGUCUCCCUUGAAAUCAGAGCGAGACUGUUUCCGGAAAUAGGAAGUUUUUGUAAGUUGACACACUUCGUCUGUAAAACAGGUUGGAAUGAUCGAAACAAACCUGAAAUGUACAAUUUUUGAACAAGGAAGUUGAAACGUCGAAACGGACAUUCCAAAUUUCCAUACCAAAAAAGGGAAACCAAAACUACAGAACUCCAUUGCCAGACAUAGAAAUAAAGGAAAGACAUUGAUAAGAUGUUGUCAAAAAUGCCAUUUGGAAAGAAGAAAAGUACUAGUUCAGAUGACAAACCCAUGAGUAUAUCUGGCCCCACUGAGGUCAAACAUAAUGUACAUGUUGGUUUUGACAGACAGACAGGAGAUUUUGUAGGCCUGCCACCUGCAUGGAAUUCACUCCUUCAACAUUCCAAUAUCUCGAAAGAGGAACAGAAGAAAAAUCCAGAGGCUGUCAUAAAAUCCAUCAAAUUCUUGAAGAAAUCAUUUAAACAGAAAAGUACCCAUGAACAGAAAUACCUUAAAGUUGCCACUACCAUUGAAGAAUCUGAGGAUGAGCUUAGUGACGAAGACAAAAGCUCCAUGCCUCCUCCCUCUCCUCACGGAAAGGAUGCCAAAUCUGACGAGGUUUUUGUCACUGCAAAAACUGACCCAAACAAGAAAAAUGAUAAUGACGAGUUAGAUUCCAGAACAAACAAUGCUACAGAUGGCAUGGCCAACGUCACCCUUGACAACAAGAAACCAAAAGAGGAUGGAGAAGAGGAAGUAUUACAAAGACGUCCAAAAUCUCAGAAAAAGAAUUUAACAGAUGAUGAAAUUCAUGCAGGAUUACAACGAUUGGCUUCACCUGGAGAUGCCUCCUCUAAAUAUCUAAUUCAAAAGAAACUUGGUUCAGGUGCCUCUGGAAAUGUAUGUAUGGCUAAACCAGUUGAUGCUGAUGCAGUAGUGGCUAUUAAAAUGAUGGAUUUGAAUAAUCAACCGAAAAAAGAACUUUUAAUUACAGAAAUCGAAGUAAUGAAGGAUUAUAAACAUCCAAAUAUCGUUAAUUUCUUAGAUUGCUAUUAUCUAUCAGAAAAACAAGAACUAUGGGUAGUUAUGGAAUAUCUGGAUGGCGGGGCCUUAACUGAUGUGGUAACAGAAACCAUCAUGAAUGAGGGACAGAUUGCUGCCGUGUCACGAGAAUGUCUACAGGCUUUAGACUAUCUACAUGAGAAACAUUGUAUACACAGAGAUAUAAAGAGUGACAAUGUCUUAUUGGGAAUGAAUGGGACAGUUAAAUUAACCGAUUUUGGUUUUUGUGCUCAACUCAGUGGCGAUAGUGCCAAGAGACAGACUAUGGUUGGAACUCCCUACUGGAUGGCCCCAGAAGUAGUAUCCAGAAAACACUACGGAAAGAAAGUAGAUAUCUGGAGUAUGGGAAUAAUGAUUAUAGAAAUGUUGGAAGGGGAACCACCUUAUUUGAAUGAAACCCCACUGAAGGCUAUUUAUCGAAUAGCAACUAAAGGAAAACCAGAUAUAAAAAAUGCAGAAAAACUGUCUCCUGAACUAAAAGACUUCCUCGACCGGUGCCUGGAAGUGGAAGUUGAAAAACGUGCCGAUACCCAGGAGUUAUUAGCCCACAAAUUUCUAACUAAAGCCAGACCACUGACAACCUUGCGACCUUUAAUUGUGGCAGCCAAACAAGCCACUGGACAUUAGUAUUCAUAAUUUGUAUUAUCUAACGAAAGCUCCAGACUUAGAUUUAUUUUUAGGGAUGUCAUUAUAUGCUAGCUGUAUACUGUACUACAUGCAUGCAUGUAUACUAUCAUACUAUGUAUGAUCAAGUGACAGCAACUAUAACAUAAUUCUUAAAUGCUUUCUUGAAACAUGUUUAAAAAGUCAGUGAUGGAACAACAUCCUGAACCAUGGGAUUUUUUCACAAUUACAUGGAUGCUUUUCUAUUCCCAUUGUUGAAAAAGCAGGUAAUAAAAUACUUUUUUAAAAGUUUAAGAAAGUAGGGGAAAAAACUGGAGAAGAUACGAAAAUAAAAUAUUUGGGAUGAUGUGGAAUACUGAAGUGAACUAUAGAUUUAUAACUGUAUAUGAUGACACCCCUGACAUUAAGCCAGUUAUGUAUACUAAUCAUACUAUAAUAUACAGUUCUAUGUCAUAUUUUUAAUUUGCUUCAUUUAACUGUAGAUUGAUGUUUUAUAUUAUGCUUUUUAUGUUUUUUAUGUAAUAUGUAAUUCAUGUGAAGACUGAAUACGAUUAUAAAUCUGUUAUGUUUAUAAACUUUUAGAUCAUGUAGUUAAAACAAUAUUCAUUUAGAUCUCAUACUAAAGAAAAUGAACACUUACAUCAUUCCAUGAACCAACCUCACAUUUUAUGCUGUGUUUGUAGAGUCCGUUAAUGUUCAUACCGAUGGUAUAUGAUUGUUGUCAAAAUAAAUGGCACCAUAAAAAUGUAGAUUAUUAUAUAAAAAAGAUCAUGUUUGUUUUAAAUCUCUCAUCAUCCUUUGAGUAAACAAAGAAUAAUCUGAUCAGAAAUUCCGUUUUUUGAGGAAUUUCUGAUUUACAUGUGAAAUUUUCUACAAAUUAUCAAAAAAUGAAAUAUGAAAACAACUAUAAAUAAAAUUAAUGUGUUUGUGGGAACAUUAUCUUGUUGGUAACUUUUUCAUUUGUACCAUCAAAAAUGUUGAUAGUUCAGUAUUCUGUUGUGCAUUCCUCUGUUUCUACAGAAGCCAGGAAAAUUAUUAUCUGCCCGAUUUAAAUAAAUCUAAUAUUACACAUAAACCUUAACACUUUAAUCAUGUUAUUUGAAGGAAAUAUCACUUAGAUAUUUGAUGUUCAAAGCGCAUCGUUAAAAAGUAUUUUAAACUACAUGUACAUUGUAACUAAAAAUAUGUUCAACAAAUAACUUAUUUUAGUACUGCUAUUUCUUUUCACUUAUCAAUUAACUUGAUUUAUCUGUAUUUAUGCAGUUUAAAUCCUAGAUUAUUAUGGGUAUUAUUUACCGGCAUGUAAUCUUGGACAAACAGAGGUACUAGAAUGUUUGAAGAUGGUGUUAUGGAGCAUAUUUUUCAGUCGUUUUAUUCAAUUUUACAAAUUGUAAAUACUCUGUUAACAAACUACAAACUUUGUACAAGAAGUUAAUUGAUAGUCUGUGUAACAAAUAAAUAAUACUGUUAAAUAUGUGAAAUCAUGCAUCUUAUCAAUUGAAAAUAUUAUCACAUAUAUAUUUAUUCCAAAUCUGGAGAAAAUAUUAUCACAUAUUUAUUCUGAAUCAGGGAAAGUAUGACCAAAUGCACAUUUUGUUGGGUAUUCAUGCUGUAUUCAUAUGGGAUUAAAAUAUUAUCCUCAAUAAACAAGUUAUAUUGGCUGCUGGUCAGUUUUAAUUCAUAAGUCAAUCAAAAGUCAUGACUUUAAAAUAGACAGUCAUGAAGAGCUAUUUGUGGCAGUAAAUAAUACAUGUACAGGAAACAAAAAAAAUGCUGCUAAUGACUUUUUAGACUUGACUCAAUUUUUAUACCAGCCCAAAUCUAAAAUAUACACAAAUAAAUAACUAAAAAUAGAGCUAUAUUUUAAUGAUUCAUAUGAUUAAAAACAAAUUGUUAACCUCGUUUUAUCUCUGAUGUGAUACCUACACUGUAUUUAAAUUGUUAUCAUUUGAUAGAGAUCUGUGUCAUUAAUAUUCUAAUGUUAGUUUGAUAUCAUUGUGUUUAUAAAUUGUGCAGUCUUGCAUUUAAUUCAUUCAGUGUCUGUUAUACAGUACAAAAAUUCUGAAUUGGGAAAAUAUUGUACCCUCUGUCUGAAAAAUAGUUUAACAGAAAGCUGAAACAAUAUGUCUUUUUUGCUAAUGAUAACCUUUAUCACUAUUUUUUUUAACUGUACAUUGAUGAUAUAACCUUGACUUAUCUUAACAUCAAAAACCAAAAAUAAGACAAAAACAUGAACAUUGAGAGAGAAAGGAAGGCUGCAAGGCAGUUGAGCUUAUCAUUAUUAGAUACAGUAGUAAAAUUGUUUCAUUCAAAGUUUUGUUUCUAGUUUGAAUAAUUUCCAAUGUUCACUAUACUAUUUUUCAAUUUUAUAAGGGUUCUUAGGGUUGAUUUUUGUUAAAACAAACAUUCCAGAAUGAUGGUAUACAGGUUAUAUUUAAUCAAUAAAUAAACAUAAAAUAUGCAAAUUAUUUUAUACCAGUUUUAAUGACAAUUUUAUUUUAAAAAUACUUUUUCAGAGUUUUUAUUUUUUUGCAACUGUUAUAUGAGUUUUGUUAAAGAAUAUUUAAGUGCCGGGCACACUGCCUAGUUGUUUUAGAUGCACAUUUUGAUAGCUGUGAGAUUUGUAAAUAUGUAUUUUAAUAACAGUUUUUAUGAAUAAAGCAAUAUAAUGUCA